AUACUCAGAAGAAACAUGCAGUUGUUGAGUGGUUCUGUCGUAUUGAAGAAAUACCUUUUGAUCUCCGAAAAUCUUUGGGACAAAAAGCUUCUCAGGAGAUAUUUUUGAAUGAAAAGGCUGAAUGGGACACUGACAUAUUUGUUUCAUCUAUUGUUAGUACUGUUACGGUUAUUCCCUUGUCACCAUGUGAAACAUUGCCUACUGAGUCAAAAGAUAAGCAAAUUAUGUUUGUAAGGAAAUCCUGGGAUGGAAAAAGGCUGAAGCCAUUGCAGCCUAAGUUACUGGCAGAAUUGAAAAAUUCUUUGAAAAUAAGGAAUAAGAUAAAUUGUGCAACUGAAUGCCACCUGACUCCCUCCCACUCUCUGAAAGAAACAACCAGAAAUGUCACUCCGAGUACCAGAGGAAGCAAUAAAAGCACUGCAGAAGUAAAAUUGAGACAUUCAGCUGCUAAGUCUUCUUUGUUUAAGCAGAGACAUUCCCCAAAACUGGCCAGUGGUGACAUCCCUGGAGCAAAGAAAAGAUUACAAUUAAACACUCCUACAAAAUCUCCUAGAAAUAUGCUUGCAGAGCAGCAAGAUGUGAUUGAGCUUCUAGACUGUCGUUUCACUGAAACUGCAAAACGAUUAGCCCUUAAAAGAAAAGUAACAUUUACUGGCAUUAAGGGUUCUCCUAAAAAAAUAUCUUGUGCUUCUGAUGAGGAAGAUUUGCUUUUAGAUAUCAAACCACUGGAAGAGCAGCCUGAAAGAACUACAACAAACUUACCAACUUCACACCAGAGGAACCAAGAUUCCAGUCUGAAAAUCAGGUGCUCUGCUGUGACACAAAGUACCAAAGAUUUAGAUGAAGAACAUGAAUUGGAAACAAGGAAUCCAGCAGUGACUCCACGUUCACGCAGAAAAUGUGCACAAGUGACUGCUGCUCGAAUUGCAGAACAACUUUGUAAUUUAAAUACAGCUGGAGAUAAAGACAAGGAUAAGUGUCUUACUCCCUUGGGAAGUUCUGAUUCAGAUAGCAGUGAUGAUGAAGACAUCAAGAUGCUUCAUACACCUAAAAAGCAAACAAAAUCGACUUCCAGGGUCUCAAAGAACCAAUCCAUUGGGACACCUGCCAAGGAUUCAAGGAAUACUUCUAAGCCAAAAACUCCAACUCCACGUAAUGCCACCCCAAGAAUUCGCAGCCGAAAUCAAAUGGCACAGAAGCCAGCCAGCGUGCUAGAAGAGGCAAGAAUGAGACUGCAUGUGUCUGCUGUCCCAGAGGCCUUGCCAUGCCGUGAAAAGGAAUUCCAGGAUAUCUGUAACUUUAUAGAAAGCAAACUUCUUAAUGGAACAGGAGGGUGUAUGUACAUUUCUGGAGUUCCUGGAACAGGCAAAACAGCAACAGUCCAUGAAGCUAUUCAUUAUCUUCAGCAGGCAGCAGAAAAUGAAGAGAUUCCAUCUUUCCAGUUUAUAGAGAUUAAUGGAAUGAAACUGACUGAUCCACACCAAGCCUAUGUGCUAAUCUUAAAGCUACUGACAGGCCAGAAGACAACUGCCAAUCAUGCUGCUGAACUUCUGAAAAAGAUGUUUUGCACUCCUGGAUCAAAAAGAAAAACUAUAGUACUUGUUGUGGAUGAGCUUGAUCUCCUGUGGACUCGAAAACAAAAUGUGAUGUACAACCUCUUUGACUGGCCCACCCAGAAAGAUGCCAAGUUAAUUGUCUUGGCCAUUGCUAAUACUAUGGAUUUGCCAGAAAGAAUGAUGAUGAAAAGAGUAGCCAGCAGGCUGGGUCUUACCCGAAUGUCUUUCCAGCCCUACACCUACAAGCAGUUACAGCAAAUUAUUUUAUCCAGGAUCAAUCAGUUAAAAGCAUUUGAAGAGGAUGCAGUUCAGCUUAUUUCGAGAAAGGUUGCAGCUUUGUCUGGUGAUGCAAGACGUUGCCUUGAUAUCUGUAGAAGGUCCACUGAGAUCUGUGAACUUGAUAGCAAAAGUGUUCCUGGAUUAGUCAACAUGGCACAUGUUAUAGAAGCCAUGGAUGAAAUGUUCUCAUCUCCAUAUAUAAAUACAAUUAGGAAUGCUUCACUGCAGGAGCAAAUCUUCUUGAAAGCAACAGUUGCCGAAUUUCACAGGUCAGGACUGGAAGAAGCUACAAUUCACCAGAUAUUUCGUCAGCAUGUUGCUCUAUGUAGAAUUGAAGGCCUGCAAACACCUACUGUAUCAGACAUAAUGGCAAUUUCCUCCCGACUUAGUGCUUGUAAACUCUUGCUAGCAGAGUCUAGUGCUAAAUACCUCAGCAUGCGAAUUCGACUCAAUGUUAGCCAGAAUGAUGUUAUGUAUGCACUCAAGCAAGAUCAAGAUGCUAAAUUUUAGUAAGAUUUAUUUUAAA